AUGACUGGCAAGAUAGACGCCUUCGUCGAUUGUGUAUCGCCUUACUCAUACUAUGCGACGCUGUAUCUGAGACGGAAUCGCAAGGCGCUCGAAUCGCAUGGGGUCGAGGUGGAGUUUCAUCCCAUUUUCCUGGGCGGCGUCAAUGUUGGGUCUGGUAUGUUUUCUCCGAUAGAGGACGCGCGGUAUCCACAGCUCAUCAAUUAUUUGACAGGAAACAAACCACCAUGGACGCUGCCAGCCAAAGCGUCUUACUCUAAGUUCGACUCUGAGCGGGCGUGCAAGUAUUUUGGCGUGGCGCCCAUCAAGACACCGGAUUUCUUUCCCAUUCUUUCAAUCAUGUUCGUGAAGCCCCAACGAUGCAUGAUCUACAUCAAGCGCAACUACCCCCGAGAGCGCUAUGAGACCACUUUUCUCUCCUUGUGGGAAUGGAUAUAUCACAAGAACAUCGACAUCAGCAAGCCCGAGCAGCUAGGAGAGCUGCUGAAGACUCACGGGUACUCUGAUAAAGAGAUCAAAGACAUUAUUACUGCGGCCUCUAGCCCCGAGUACAAGCAAGCCUUGACAGCCAACACGCAGGCCGCUCUAGACCAAGGUGCAUAUGGUGCUCCGUGGUUUUGGGUCCGGAACAAAGAGGGUAAGGAGGAGCCCUUCUUCGGCAGUGAUCGGUUUGCGUUCAUGUGGCAGUAUCUCGGACUGCCCUUUCAAGACGUCUCGAUUAUCGAGAAGGCAAAGCUGUAA